AUGGCGUCUAUAUCACCAGAUACAGCGGCAUCUGUCGGUGUCGGCCCGGCGCCAGCAGUCAAAAAACCAAAACUGCAUGGCCGCGCGUUCUACGAGAGCAUUGGCUCGCCGAAGUACAUCGUUGCGCCGAUGGUUGAUCAGUCUGAGUUCGCCUGGCGCAUGCUUUCGCGUUCCUUCUUCCCCGAGUCCGAACGGUCCAAGAUCCUGGCAUACUCCCCAAUGUUCCACGCGCGCAUGUUCCGGGAGAGCGACGUAUACCGGGACGAGCACUUCCAGCCCACAAGACCCGGCUCUGAUGUCCCAUGGCUGGACGGCAACCCAGCUUUCGACCGCCCCUUUUUUGUGCAGUUCUGUGCCAACGACCCGGAUCAUCUGCUGGCUGCUGCGAAGAUUGUGCAGCCGUAUUGUGAUGCCGUUGACCUCAACUUGGGAUGUCCUCAAAACAUUGCUAAAAAGGGGCGCUACGGGUCGUUCUUGCAGGAGGAUCAGGAGUUGAUCUUCAAGCUAAUCAACACCCUCCAUGAGAACCUCGACAUUCCCGUUACGGCCAAGAUUCGCAUUCUCGAUACGAAAGAGGCAACUCUAAAGUAUGCCCAAAAUGUGCUCCGGGCGGGCGCGAGCAUUCUUACCGUUCAUGGGAGGCGGCGCGAACAGAAGGGACACCUGACAGGCCUCGCGGACUGGGAGAUGAUCCGCUAUCUGCGCGACAAUCUCCCCCCAGACACCGUAAUUUUUGCCAAUGGCAAUAUUCUGCAACAUGAGGAUAUACAAAAGUGUCUGGAAGUUACUGGCGCAGACGGUGUCAUGAGCGCUGAAGGCAACCUGAGCAACCCAGGUAUCUUUGCUCCACCGCCGCCAAUUGGCCAGGAGCCCAGGGGCUACUGGCGCGGAAAGAACGGACUUGAAGGCUGGCGCGUCGACGAGGUGUACCGACGCUAUCUUGACAUCAUAUAUGAACACGUUCGCGGCGUGGAGCCGCCGAAGAGAAGACCCCUCUUUGUCCCUGGCGACGAUACGGAAUGGUUGAAGGAAGAGAUCAUCAUUCCAGGCCAGGGACCCAAUGAUGUUAGGCCGAACAAAAAGCGCAACGAUGUUCGGAGAGAGAACCCCGAGAUCCUAACGGCCAAUUACGUCGGCAUGCAACCACACCUUUUCCACUUGCUCCGGCACAUGGUUUCGCGGCAUCAUGACGUGCGCGAUGCACUGGCGAAGACGCGGUUGGGCGAGUUAGACGCAUACGAAGCCAUUUGCAGGCUGGUCGAGAAGAAAGUGGCCGAGGGCCUGCUCGAGUACGAGAGGACGGAUGGUAAGAGCAUCGAGCAGGAUAUGCCUGCUGCCCUCGCGGAAGGAGAGAGUGAAGACGAUGAGAGCUCUGCACAGACAGUUCGCGAGUGCUGGAGGCCGUGGUGGGUUGUCCAGCCCAUUGUUCGGCCACUGCCUAAAGAGGCUUUGGCCAAGGGCUCUAUCCAACUGAGCAAGAAGGAGAAGAAAAGAUUGGCCGCUGAAAUGGCGGAUGGGGAGAAGGAAGAUGUGGAGAAGACGAUCAAGAAGCUCAAGGAGGAGAACGGAGUUGCAGCCCCAGCUCUUGCAACGACAGCUGUGACCGAAGCUCUGGACGAGCAGACGAACGGCCAGUCGAGCGCAGUGGCAAGCGGCUGA